AUGGAUAUGGAAGAUUUAGAAGGCUCUGUUGGUAGUGAUCUGGAUGAUUUGAUAAAUAUAGAAUGUGAUAUAGAAGAUGAUGACAUUGAGAAUAUAGAUACAUCAUUAUUAUUAUCAGAUACUGAGCCAGAUAAUCAACCUGAAACCAAAAUGGAGGUGAAGGAAUCAUCACCAUCUAACAUCUCAAAAUACAAAUCAGACAGCAAGAAAACAGACACAAAGGAAGAAGUAAAGACAAAAGUUGAACCAAAGACCCCUCAAGCGAAAAAGGCAGAUUCAUUCGAAGUUGAAGUUAAAACACCUGUAAUAUUGGAGACCAAACCACUUGUGGCUAAUAUUGAAACCAAAACUUCUGUCAAAACAGAACCCAAAACACCUGUUAAAACAGAAACCAAAACACCCAUUAAAACAGAUGUCAAAACAUCUGUUAAAACAGAAAUUAAGACCCCAGCAAAUACUGAAAAAAAGCUAUUAGUAAAGGUUGAAGAAAAGCUAGCUGUUGCUAACAAGGACAGAAAACUCCCAGUAAAAGAUGAGACUAAAACACCAGUUAAAAGUGAAAGCAAACCUCCAGAAAAAGCUGAAACUAAGACACCUUUAAAACAUGAAUCAAAGCCUGCUGAAAAAACAGCUAAUAAGCCUCCUGUAAAAAAAUCAGAUUGUAAACAAGUUGAGAAAAAAGAAGACUCUAAGAAAAAAGAAUCAGCAUCUGUUGUGCCAUCAGGUACUGAUCUGGUUGUCAUUGAAGAUGAUGAUGAUGAAGUUCGUAGUGUUGAAACAAUUGAAGGUGACGUAGAUGAUUUUCCAGAAGAAUGGAUGGUUCUUGAUGAAAUGGAUGAUGAUCCAAAAGGAAAAGACAGUGGGAGUAAGAAUAUAGAUGACAAAUCCAGAAAGGACCAUGAUUCUUCAAGGUAUAGAAGUCGACGACGAAGAAGUAGAAGUAGAUCAAGGUCCAGAUCUAGGUCAAGAAGUCGAUCUCGUGGACGUGGUAGAAGUGAUAGCAGACGUAGAGAUAGAGAACGGGAUUAUAAAUCCAGGUCAUCAUCUCAUAGAACACCAGAAAGAAAAGAAACUGCUGCCAGUAAACCUGUUGAAAAAAGUAAACCAGUUGAAAAGAAGGAUACUAAAUUACCUGAAAAGAAAGCUACUACCCCAAAGACAACUCCAGUUGUGAAACAGCUUGAGCCAUCAAGAGCUGUAGACCCAUUCAAAAAUAUGAGAGAUACUAUUGAAAAAUUUGAUAAAAGUUGGAGAUGGAAUUUAAAGAUUUCACCAGUAGAUAUCAAUGAUUUAAACAAUGAGACUUUUAGACAGAUUAUGGCAUUAGCUAAUGAUAGUGUUCUAGUUUUUAAUAUGCAGAAUGACAAAAAGAGAAAAUAUGGAUUUUUAGACCUUUGUUUGACAUCAGCUGGUGAAAUACGUCAAGCUAUAGAUAAAUUAUCUCAGCUACGAUUGGAAACCAACUUUGUCCACGUUAGUGUAUCACAUAAAUUAUUUGAACAGAAUGCUGGAACUGAAUCAGCGCUCUUAAAAUUGGAUCUGAGAGAAGGAAGACAUAUUACAUCAGCACCAGUUAAAGGCACAGAGAAACAGAGGAAAAUCAAUAUAUCCAAUGGCCCAAAGGGGAUGUCUAAAAUCAUACUAGAUGCAAUAUUUGCUAAAAUAGUAAAUAUUGUAAUAACAGAUAAUAGCGAAAAUGAGACUAGAAAUGCUACUGUUAUGUGUUCUAAUCCUGAAAGUGUUGGUGGUGUAUUAAGGUUUUAUCAAUCUGUAGUUAUUGGUGGUAGAAGAUUACAAAUACGCAGUGAAGUACCCCCUCCACCUCCUCUGAAAGAGGCACCAAAAGAAGACAGAAAAUCUCCAGCAGUAUCUGGUAACAAUGAUAGUAAAUCUAGUAAUCAGAAAUCAUGGCAAGAUGAUCGCAACAAACGUCAAAAUGAUAAUCGCAGACGUGGAGGUCAGAACAAUAAUAAUGAUGGUUUACUUGGACCAGAACCAGGUGCACAAGACAGACGUCGUGCUAUAGAGGAAGCUGAACGAAGACAAGAAUCAUUGAGUAGAUUAGGUAUAACAGUUGGUGUUGAUGAUUUCCUAGAAAGACCAGGUCUGUUGGAAGCUCCUGAUAUAGUUAUUAAAGAAACUAAAAGAUUACAGAGAGAAUUUAGUCAGAAUCAACAAAUAUUUGAGAAUAAUAUGAUACAAGAAUUCAGAAUGCAAGAGGAGAUGAGAAUUCGAGACAUAGAAAUUAGACAUCAAGCUGAAUUGGCUGAACAGAAACGCCAACAAGAGGAAUUAAUUUUGAGAAUGCAACAAGAUCGUGACCAGCAUCUUCAAGCACAGAAACGUAUGGAACUAGAACAACAAGAGAGAGAGAGAAUACAGAGACUAGAACGAGUUAGUUUAGAAAAAGAUCGACUAGAGCGUGAAAUGAUAGAACGUGACAGACUAGAACGUCUAAAACAAGCUAAACUAGAGAGUGAGAGACUUGAAAGAGAAAGAAUAGAGAAGAAAAGAAAAGAAGAGGAAGAAAGAGCAAGGAAAGAGAAACUAGCUAGAGAACAACUAGAAAGAGAGCAGAGAGAACGAGAGAGGCUUGAAGAAAUCAAACGACAAGCAGAGUUACGUCGACAGAGAGAGGAAAGAGAUGCUAAAUUACGCCAAGAACAACAACAAAGAGAUAGAUAUAUACGUCCUGAUCUGCAUCAUGGUUCAUCUAAUAACUGGCAACAUUCUUUACAUCUUCAAAAUGAACAAGAACAAUUUGAAAAGGAGAUUGGAUUACGAAGUGAAACAAGAAAGAGACAAAGUCGUUUUGAUGUACCAGAACAACCUGUAGAAGAGAAGAAAAAUCUACACCAGAAAAUACGAGAACAAUGGGAGAAGCAAGUAGCUGAAGCCAGUAGAUCUAAUCAACCUAGUGGACAAAAUAAUCAGCGUGAUGACCGCCGUAAUGAGAGUAAUGGUAAUAAUCCAAGUGGUAAUUGGGGUAGACCUGACCAUAUACCUGGUAGAUCAGAUCUUAGUAAUAAAGAUCCUUAUGGUGGAACCUGGGAUAUGCCUGGUAAAUCUGAAGGCAGUGGUUAUGGAGGCAGUUGGGGAGCAGCUUCAAAAGGUCAAGGGUUACUUGGUGUGGCACCAAAUCAAUCAGAUCCAGUCCCAUCAGCCUAUAGCUCAACUGUCAGAGAAUAUGGACAUCAAGGUGGUAAACGCAAUAACCCCUGGGGUGACCAAACACCAACUUAUGGUGAGAAGCGUAAUAGAGGAGCUGAGAUUAGUGAUUUUAAUUAUCAACCAAGGGAUUUGCCAUCCUUAUUGGGAGAAAGACCUGGUGAACAAUGGAGUGCACCACCAAGUCGAGAACAAGGGAGAAAUUAUGAUCAAGGCAAAGCUGGUUGGGGUAGUGGUGCAGUUGAUCCUUAUAGAAAUCAAGGUCAUCAUCAACAGCAAUCGUAUCAACCUCAACAGCACCAUCCACAACAACAUCAUCAGCAACAACAUCAUCAGCAACAACAUCAGCAUCAUCAACAACAACAACAGUAUCAUCCUAACUGGUAG